AAGAAGGCAACAAAUACAUCAUGUGUGUAUUCAACUGCUAUCCUGAUCCACCUUAAAAACUAAAUCUUCUUUCACUUUCAAUUCUGUUGUUGGACGUGGCAAACAAACACAGAAGGAAGAGGCAGAGACUGUGUGGCGUCGGAGUGUGGAAGAGUGGGUAAUGGAGUCUUGAAACAUGUACAAGUAAAGAUUCUGGUUUAGUCUUCCUGACUCACUUACUAUAAUGGCUGAAGGACAGUUAUCAUUAACAAUCAACCGGAUCUAUGAAGAACUGUCCAGCGAUGAAAGCCAAAUGUUAAUCUAUUUGUGCAGCGACCUUGAUGGUGGCUGUUCGAAGCAAGACGUGAAGGAAGUUUUGAAAUCGCAGAUAAAAAGUGGAGUUGUAGACCAUCUAGUUCUGGCUGAAUUGCUGUACAGAAUCAAAAGAUUUGACCUUUUGAAAAAGAUACUAUGUUCAAAUAAAAAACAAGUGGAAGCUCUUUUGGGAAGUAGACUGUGCACUGUUUCUGCAUACAGGGUGCUCAUGGCAGAAAUCAGUGAAGACCUAGAUAAAGAAGAUUUGCAUUCACUAAUAUUUUUAUUAAAUGACAGUAUACCAAAAGGGCGGCUUGAUAAAGCUACGAGCUUCCUUGAUGUGGUGAUUGAAUUGGAGAAGCAUGAUAAAGUCUCACCCAAUAAAGUGGAUUUAAUAGAACAGUGCCUGCGACACAUCCACAGGAAAGACCUGGAGAAGAAGGUGCUGAAAUACAGGCGCAGCAGUCAAGCUUUACGGCCAAACAUUGUCACGCACAAUCAGAGGGAAAAAUGUUUGCGUCUCUCGCAUUCACAAGAAGCUGCCAGCGCACCACCUCUUCCUGCAAGAAUCUAUCAAAGUCCUGUUGGAGCCCAGGCUGCAGAAAACAUCAAAGUUUCCUUCCCAGUACCUGAAACGGGAAUGCAGAACCCUGGAGAAGUAUACAGAAUGCAGAGACAUCCUUUUGGAGUUUGUUUAAUAAUAGACUGCGUUGGCAGUGAUGGAGAUAUGCUAAAACACACCUUCAAGAGACUUCACUUCCAAGUCAUCCUGUACAAGUGGUUAAGCCUAAGUGACGCCCACUCAUUGUUAAAGGAAACAGCUAGGAUGAGAGAGCACAGGAACUCGGACUGCUUCGUCUGUUGCAUUAUCAGUCGGGGCAGCUCCACCAAGAUGAUAGCCACUGAGAAAGAGGGUCCCGGCAUCAGCUUCGACACAAUAAAGCAGCUCUUCACUGUGGAGCACUGCCCGGACCUUUCGGGCAAACCAAAGCUAUUCUUCAUCCAGAACUACACCAUUCCAGAGUGCUGUGACUACAAUGACGUGGAGGUUGAUGGGCCUUUCAUUGCCAGUAGGGUGGAGUAUAUCCCUAAUGAAGCUGAUGUUUUUUGGAGCUGCUGUAAAACGGACGCUUGCAUUCUUGAAAAAGUGCAUCAUCAGUCAGCAUACCUACAUGCUCUCUCGGCAUCUCUACUAAGGGGACAGAAAAGUAACAGGCAUCUCAUUGACAUCCACACUGAGGUGAACAGUGUGAUCUAUGAGAAAAACGGACAGCAGCACAGAGAGACCUACACCGUGGAUCUGCGCCACACUCUGCGCAAGAAACUGCUCUUUCCUCUAAAUUAAACUGACUUUGUGUUUCAGACAUUAAAUACAGGCCGUAUUUACUUACUGCUCAGUAGAGAAGUGUUUUGAGGUAUUAUCUCCAACUAUAAAGUUGGGCUUUCUGUAUAUUUAAUAUUUAUGUUUACAUACUGUAGUUCUGCAGCUAUGAGAGACUUGCUAGUCUUUCCUUAAAAGAGUGCAAAGCAACUGACGGCGUCUUUCUGUAUGUUUGAUACAUUUAUCUACUCAGUUGAGGAGUGGUAUUCAGUGGCACCCACAAUGCUUCAAGUUAUUGUUUCCAUCAGGAACUAAAUAUUUAUUUGCCAUUGGUGUUGGCUUUCAGGGCAGUGCACUUCUAUACAGUCUAUGAAAGUAGUGAUUUAGUGAAUGCUCUGUGUUCAUAACUAGAAAAGAAAUAAAGAAAGCUGGAAGUUAGAAGUAGUCUACUGUCUACUCCAUAACUGUGCAUCAUCUGCCUUCUGCUGGAUUCAAACAGUAAUGCAGUUUUAUUUUUAUUUGCACUAGGGCUAAAGCUAUAGCUAAUUUUUUGAUACACAGUAUUGUCUCAGUACCUUUAACCAUGGAUAUAAUGAAUCCAUGGACAUUUUGACACUUGGAUCAUGUAGAAUGUCGGGCCGAUUGGAAUAGCUUGGGGUGCUGGGUGAAAAACAAUACAGAUCAAAGACUUCAAUGAAAUCCCAAUCUGUCUAAAUGGACGACAAGUACUGAAGGAAGUUUUGGAAGGGUAGUCUUGAAGUUACUGAGGAAGUGUUGAUGGGUGAUUGUCUUACAUUAGGGACUUCUCAAGUGAGUAGCUCUUUUAGGACAGGUAAAAACACACAAUGUAUAGUUUCUUUAAUGUAUUGAGAGGUGUUGAGGAAUACAGGAAACAGAGAGAUGGAAACAAUAGAUUGAUAAGAAUGAAGAUGUAUAUUGUACGUUGUACGAUUGCAUUACCACUUGUACAGUCAUGUAAUGUAAUCUGAGGAGAAUUGAAAGGGUUUUAGAGACCAUUUCAAGAUUUAAAGUACCUUGUUCUCUGACAGUAACUGCACAUUCCCGUUCCUGGUUUGUAUACUACAGUGCUGUGUGAGAUUCAGUUGCUGUUUGUUUUUGUUUUUAGAUGUAUAUUAUCUAGUAGUUAAGCAAUAAGGCACAUUGUGACUAUAAUUUAACAGCAACAAAAACUGGUGUGUCUGGUGUGAUGACAAAAUGGCCCAUUCCAGACUGAAAAUGAGCUGUGUAAGAAAACGAAAUGCCAGCGAGGAAGCUAAUAACAGCAGCUUGGAAUCACCCAAUCAGAGUGAUCUGCUCAUCCAAGCCGCUGUUUAAUUGUGCAGAACUGCAAACUUUUGUUGUGCAUCUGUACAGGUUUAGUUUUUUUUAUUAUUGUUUUAAUUAUUCUUUGAACUUAAAGGGGCUGUCCUGAGCUGGUAAACACACAAAAAACCCCUAAAAAAGUCAUCCUAUUCAGUAACUCAGAUGAUGAGCUCACAGAUCUUUUCAGCCUGUGAAGCCGCGAGCAGAGCAUUCUUUAUUCCACAGGUAGGUGCUCCCAAUACUGAAACUCGCUUACAGAACAACACAGUCUUCAAGCACAUUUGUUCAGUUUAUUAUAGCAUUACUAUCCUCUGCAGUGGUCAAUACCCUGUCUUUCUAAUGCACUUUAUGUUUUAAGAACGGCAAACAAACUCAAAUUAUAAAUUUAAACGUAUUCAGUGUGUGUAUCAAUAAUAUAUUUUAUUAUUUAAAUAUUAUUUUAUUUUGCUUUUUAUUGUUAUUGUUUAAAAUAUAUCAAUGCAAUAUACUCGGAUAAUAAAGGAAUACUGCUAUACAUCUGUUAUAUAUACUCUUAUAAUAAUCAUAAUAUGAAAUAUGUGCAUAUUGUGUGUCUUAGGUUACAGUGCCAUAGCCAUAUUAGACUUCACUUAAGUGACCCUAACCAAUGUUGUAAGGAAACUUUUUUAUUCACCACUUUUAUUACUAUGUAAAGCAUGUUGAAUGUAUGCAAAAUACAGAGACAAGUCAUAAGGAAAGAUACACCCCAAACAGACGUGUGAAAUGUGCAUGUUUAUUCUGCCCGAAACAGAGCUGCAAAGGCAACAUCACUGGUAUUAGUUAAUACCUUGUGCUUUAGCCAUCUGUAAAACACAGACCCGAUCUGGCAUCCCCUGAAAAAGAGUGUCAACCUCCUAGGGUGUUUUGUUCCAUAAUUAAGAAAGGCAGCUUUCAGGGCUGGACAUUUCCAAAGGUUGACAUCCAUCAACCAAACUUGUUUGAUCAAAUUCAGAAUGUUUCAGAAUGCUGACCACACGUAACUGAGGGAGGGUAUAUUUAUUUUUGACCGGACUCUGUAUUUUGCCUUAUACAGUGGUGUUCAUAAGUAGUGACACACUUCUUCAUUUGUAUAUUAUUUUCCUGUGUAGCAAGCUGGGUAUUUCGGUAUUACCGCCCAGCUGACCAUUACAUAUUCAGCUCAAUUCUUCCCUUUUGUGAAUCGUAAUGCUUGAACGAAUAUGGCAUUUACUCAGCGUUGGUUUUAAUGAAAUGUUUUAAAGCUGGGGCAUAAAAAAAGAUGGUUCCUGGUCAAUUCCCACUCGAAUGCUGAAUAUAUUGAGCAUUCUAGGAUUCAGUGGAACAGGCUGGCUGGUUGGUUAAGGGUAUUGGCAGUUUAAACUGAUCUGCUGAUAACAGUGGCCAACAACACAGCCCGGGCUUGCACUCAACAGUACUAGAAGCUGCGAUCGACCUAAAGGUCUUACCAGCAUUGAAUGGGCGUCAGGUCUUAUGAGGAAAGCUUGCUCUUCAUUUCUGUUGAUUUUAUUUAUGGUGUACAAAAUAUGUAUGGUCAUUGAAAGCUAUGUAAUUGACUGUCAAUUUCGUAUUUAAUUAACUAUUACAGUACAUUCAGACAGCUAGAGCUGAAACCACACAGGAAGGAAGCCCUUUCCAACAGAUCUGUGUGAGUUAUACUAUAUGAAACACAUUCAAAUGUAUAAAGCAUAUAUGUCAUACUGGGCCCUUUUCACAAAACUGAUGUGGUAACCAUGUGGUGACUGACAGGGUUACCAUCUUUUCCACUGGGAGAACUGAUAUAAACAUUUCCCUUAGCAUUUAGAGACAAUUCAUUGCAACAGUGGUCAAUGUAAAAAUGUUCUUAAAUUUAAGAUAAUUCCUCCACUCUGUAUAACCUGCGAGUUGACUCGACAUGGGCGUGACCAGGGCAUGACACUUGAUUGUAAGCCUUGACACCAAAUAAAAUGCAUUCCUAAAUUCA